UUUCUAUAAAUACAAAAAAUACCUUCUGCAUAAAUUUGUUCUAUUUCUCAAUUUAUUUAAUAUAAAUUCUCUAAAAUAAUGGCUUCAAUCAAACAAUUAUUUGUAUUUCUUUUAUCUCUAAUAACUUUUGUGUAUUCAUUUUAUGUAAUUGGCAAAUUAAUGAUGUUUUUAUCUCAACCAAAAAGUAUCCCUUUGGCUUACACUUGGGUGUUUAAUUUGCUUGAUAAUCAUGCAAAAAUUGCAACAGCUUUCCCAGCUAUAGUUUAUGAUACGCUUUACAUAAUUGCAUUCAUAUUCCAGCAUAGUUUUAUGAAAUCUUCAUUUAUUAAGAAAAUUAUUCAAAAUAUUGGCUUGGGUGUUGCAGAGCGUUCUAUUUAUAGUCUGACGUCAUCGCUGUGUUUACAUUACCUGAUCAAAAAUUGGAACUCUGCACAAACAAUUGUUUUAUGGCAAAUUGAUGUGACGUCGAGUAAUGUGCUUUGGUGGACUUUUAUGUUGGUUCAUGGAUUUUCAUGGAUGGUGAUUUAUGGAGGAAGCAUUAUUAUGGAUUUACCAGAAAUUCUUGGUCUUAAACAAGCUUAUUACGACUUGAAAGAGUAUGCACCUCCAAUGGCAUAUAAAUCAUUCGAAUUGAGACAUCUUUAUUCGCAUGUUCGUCAUCCGUCUUUUGUUGGACUAACCACAAUCUUAUGGGCUGUUAAUUUGAUGACAAUUGAUCGACUUGUUUUGGCUUCUCUGUUAACAACUUACAUGUAUGUGGCUUGGUCAACAGAUCAUAAUGAUAUAAUUUAUCAAAAAUGUCAACUUAAACGGAAAUCAAAUGAACUUAAAUGCAAUAUGCAUUAAAUUGAAAUCUCGGAAAAAAUAGAAAAUUAAGUUUAAAUUAACAUUUUUGUAGCUGUAAGAAAAGUUAUAUUAACAUUUAUCAAUGUAAUAUCGUAAAAAUAUUACUUAAUUAAAAAGUGGAGAUAAUUUUGAAAGGUUC